UACAUCACAACCGGUUAGUACCCAGGCUUUCGUGUCGAUGUUUUCAAAUGGCAGAAGGCGUUAUUCGACCACCAAGCUACGAACAGAGCUUACACGAUCAUCCCGCUAUGGAUACUCAAACACCACCACAAUACAAGGAAUCUAGCGACAGAGGGUCCACGCAGCAAUCAGAGGAAAGAGCAGACCAUCUUCCAAACGUGGAAGUGCGAGGAAACCCGAUCCACAGCGAAGUGCACCUAGGAGAUACGAGCGGGCUCACUUCAGAAGAGCUAAAAGAGUUACAAGAAAAGACAAAGAGAGAGCAAGCAAAGAAGUACUUCUCUCUUAGGGAGGGCCAGUUUGAGUCUGCCCUGGAAGAAUGCAAAAAGAUUCUUCACCCUGAAAAAGAUGGAAAAAUAAUAAAUGGAUACCUCUUAACAGAAAUUGACCACUGGGAUCAUGAGAAAGAACGUGUUGUCAUCAUCACAGAGAAGCAGCUUGUCAUCGUUAAGUACAAUUUUAUUGGACUGAGGGUAGAUGAUCAUCGCAAGAUCCCUCUAAUUAAAUGUGACAAAAUCCAGACAGGACGGUUCGUCUACCCUAAGAAUACUAUGAUGAUACCGAGGCACUUCCAAGUUGGCUUGAGAAUUUAUGCAGGCAAAAACGAAACCCUCUCUACCCUGCAAAACUGGAAUCCCUGGUUCAAAGCUCUCCCGCAUGUGACAUUCGGCAGGCACAAGGGCUCAGAGUUGAUGGACAGAAUUCCUCGCUACAUGGAGCUUAACUAUUUUGAGCAGGAAGUGCUUAGUGCAAUCAAGGCAGCUCAAAAUGAGCUGCAUCCUGGUGCUGCAGAGAACUCCUUGGAGUUCAGUAGUGACCCUAUUCUAAUCGAGGUGUACUGCGGGGCCUCACCCAUGUUCCAUAAUUGGGGCCUGCUGGGAUAUAGGAGGGACAGGGGGUCAUUUGGCUAUUAGUCCUACAAAGAGACUGUAAACACUAAUAAUAUAAGGCUUACUGGGUGAAUCCAGUUUACAAACGAGAUAAUUACUAAUCUCAGAUUAUUAAGGUGUAAGAUAAUGCAUUUUUUAUAAAUAGAUAGAGGGUUUAGCAUAAAUUUGAUUCGUGGUUAGAUCCGAGAUGUUGUUGUAUCAGGCUUUGUAAGUAUUGAAGAGUAUAUGAUCAAGCUGUCUGUUGUCACUGAAGAUUAUACAAACAGGAGUAGGAAAACUCUACCUAGAAAAAUUUAAAGUUUAGUUGUUGUCCUUUUAUAAACUCACCAGGAUUGUAAUGUUUUACUUAAUACUAAACAAGGACCUACGAUUCUGUCAUCAGUUAACCAGCCAGUUUUGUCAUGUCUCUUAAAAAUAUACAAAUGCCAUUUAAUAAGUUCGUGCAUUUUUAUUCAUAAAACAAUUUUCUUUCAACAAAUGAGUCAACAACAAUUAGUUCCUAAGAAUCAGAAACAAUGUAAUACAUAUAAAACAGAGAAGUCUACCCAAAGGGGAAGCACCACCUGUUAGAUGUUCAAUGUCAAAUGUAGUGAUAAGAUGCUUUAAA